AUGGAGAGUAGAGAGCAUUUUCAGUGUACUAGGUGUAAAGAAUUUGCUUCUAAAAACUACCUGUCUGUUCUUCGUCACAUUGGAUUAGUACAUGCAUUUAAAGCAGAUUUUGAGGUUACGUGUGGUUUAGAGGGCUGCUCUAGAAGUUUUAAGAAGUACAGAUCCUAUAGGAGGCACAUUUUACGUCACCACAAGCAUAUCAUUCAUCAGCAGUCAUUUUUGCAAGCAAAAGACUUGUCAAACAGCGGUGAUGUUGCAGUUGAAACAUCUUCAACAAUUUCAGGUAGUGUUGAAGAUCUCAGUGGCCCUCUUGAUGAAUCCACAACAUCUACUAUUUCUGUGCCACUUUACCAUGAUACUAUUAGUAAGCACAAAGCAGCUUUGUUCCUGUUGAAGGCAAGGGAGUGUUUGAAAAUAUCUCAAACAGCACUUGAUGAGCUUGUUGAUGACAUUCAGUUGAUAUCUCAAACUGAAUUGGAAUCAUCUAAAUCUCUUUUCAGUGGGUUGCACUCAGCUUUUUUACAGAAUAAGUUUUUUGUUGAUCAUCUUGGAUUAGUGGAGCCUACAGAACAAAUACUGGGACAUAAAUUUGCUUUGGGAAAGAAUGGAUCUUUAAAGCGUCAAAAUGAAGUAGCUUAUGACAUCCCUUUUUUUCAGUCUUUGCAACAACUUUUGACAAUGAUGUCUGCUAUUACUCAGAGUAAUCAGAGAUCUGAUGGACUUCUCUCAGACAUCUGUGAUGGUGAACGCUUCAAAACUCACCCUUUAUUUUCACGUGAUGAUAUUAAUUCAUUGCAAAUUUUGUUGUACUAUGAUGAUUUGGAAGUGUGUAACCCUCUGUCCUCACCAACAAAGAAACACAAAUUAGCUAUAUUCUACUAUACCUUAGGCAAUAUUCAUCCAAAAUACCGUUCAAAAAUGACUUCUAUUCAGUUAGUAACCAUUACUAAGUCCUCUAAUUUGAUAAAGUAUGGAUUAAACAAAGUUCUGGAACAGUUUAUGAAUGAUAUACGAAAACUUGAAGAGGGUAUCUUUCUAACAGUAGCUGGAGAAAUGAAGAAAUAUUAUGGUACAAUUUUGCUGAUGUCAGUCUACUGA